UUGAAGUUACAGAGGUUCGUGCGGACGAACGUUUCUUGAACCUUUAAACACCCUUUUGUCUUCCUUCCCACCUCAUUAGCUUAUUCUCCGAGUCCAACCAAAGAGAAAAUACACACAAAACACACUCUUAGCCGAAGAGCUCUCUCACCUUUGCACAUCUGAACAUAAAAUAAACAAGAUUGUAGUGGUUUUCCUGAUCUUGUCUUAGUGGAUCCCUGAGAAAUCAAUGAAAAGAGAAUACUGAACUGUGUUGAAGUAGAGAUGUCUAAUCAGCUGGUACAGCCGUUUCUUUGCGCUGUCAAGGAGGAGCCCUUUAUGACAGACUCAGACACUGAUGAGAAGCCAUAUGUAGACCUUAUUAACUCAAAAUCUGUGCCCAGUGGAGAGAACUCACAGCUUCUGUCUGGAUCAAGUUCUGGAAUGGCUGAAAUGGAUGAUAUUGAAUAUUGGACAAUCUCUGGGAAGAAGCCGUAUUUUGAUAUAAUUCUAACAAAAUCACAUGUUGGUCCCAGAUUUCAACUGUUCCUUCCAACCACAAUUGUCCCAGCGCUUCCUUCUGCUAUGGUCCCUGUGGUUCUGACUUGUUGUGGCAAGAAUUGGAAUACAGUCUAUUAUGGAGACAGGACAGGCAAAAGGUUUGGCCCCAGCUGGAAAGAAUUUGCAUCAGAUAAUGAGCUAAAGACUGGAGAUUGUUGUUUCUUUGAGCUCAUGGAGUCUACAAUGGCACAAAUCAAGUUUAAAGUUAUUAUUCUGAGAGGUGACCUGCCAGUCCUUCGUUUUGCUGAAGGAGAUGGUGAGACCCCAGAGAAAGCGAUCAUCAUUGAAUAGAACCAUCCGUUAGAUCUACAGAUUUUGUGUUUUGUCAUGAUGUAUCUCAAGCUUUUGGGACCUCAACUUAUGUGCACCAAUAUGCACAAUUUCUAUAAAGCUCACUCUAUAUCAUGCACUGCUUAGCAGCUUUGAAUAUAUAAACGUUUUUGGUGUAGGAUAUCAAUGCCAUGGCUUGAGUAAUGUAUAGUUUGUUGAUGAGGAGGAUCUGGCCUGGGGUUUAUGUUGCAUUGGCCUGAUUCUGCUCUUGUUGCAAUCUAACUUAUGUCAUCUUGUUACUGAGUUCUGCAAAUUUUGGAUUCCU